AUGAUGAAACGAUCGCUAAUUGCAUUGCGUCCGAGGAGACAGAGGCCGCGACCAUUCGCGCUUCUGCUGAUGAUCCUGCUGGCGUUUGAUGCCGUCUCGUUCACAAGCGCGUUCAUCGUUCCGGAGGAGCUGCCAUCGAUACUUUCCCUGGUUUAUUCCAACAUUCCGCCGAUCAAGAAAGGAACCGACUCACGGUUAGGAUUUGGCUUUCGACUUGGGGAGCACGCGGACUUUCAGGUGCAAUUGGAACUGGGCCCGCAGCUUAAUACGCGACCGAUAGGAGCGUCUUCGGGUAGCAGCAAACGAUACGUAGACAACGAUGAGUAUUCAAAUUCGAUAAAGACUCCCAACCGGAAUGGCGGAACGUCCUCUUGGCUUCAGGCGUGGUCGAAGCAAACGAAGCAGCGCCAGCAGUUCAACAAGGACAAGCUGCGGGACUCUCUGAUGCCACCGGCACCGAUCAUGGACGAGGGUGCAUAUAACCAACUACAGCAGCUCUACGAAAUGAACAAGCAGCGCGAAUACGAGGACUCGAUUGGGACGCUGCCGGCGGAAGUGUUAGAAGCACGCAUCAAACAGCUGAAAGCUCUCCACAGCCCAGUGGUUCCAUUCAAACCAAUGCCUAGUGAACCGAGGACUGGAGCAAGCGGAUUAAAAGACCUCUCCGAGGUGUCGGAACAACCGAACGGGACCAGCGCAAGCGUUAUAGUUGUAAUGCCGGACAACUCGACGAGUACUGCUUCCGAUUUGACAUCGGAUGUCUCUACGACGACGAAGAAAACUGCCCCAACCCCAACCGGCUCCACCGUCGAUGGUGGUCGAAGGAACGUCAGGCGACGAACCAAUCGACCGGUAAAUAAGCGAGAUAAGGAGCGGAUCACGGCGCAACUAUCUGACGUGUCGCUGGACUGAUCGCUUGAUCAGAAGCGGGCCCUUGUGGCCGGAUUGUGUAUUAUACUGUUGAACUGUUGUAAGCGGGAAGGAGCAUGGUAGACGGUUGGUAAACCGUAACUGUCGAAUCGGUGACCAGCACAAGGUGGUUGUAAAUAGU